GUCAGCUGACUGCUCCGGCUGGCACGUGACUUGCUCCGUGGGCUCUAGGGUCGAGGAAGCUGUGAGGCCGGAGCUGAGGUCCGGGAGGGAUGGAGCGCUGAGUCGUUAAUGUCCGCCAGGCUGUCGGCCUCCGUACCUUUCUGCUGCCACUUCCUCGUCUGACACUUUCCUGGGUCUUUGAGAGAGAAGUAGAUGAAAAUGCUAUUCAUUGUAUAGAUAGGAACCUUUCUAGACUCUUGGAACUAGAAACAGAGAAGGUGAUUUGUGUAAGUUUGGCAUAACUUCCACAGUCUUCUAACUGCUGGUGUAUUGUUCCUGCUGAUUACCUACGCAGUACUUACCACAAUCACGUCUAGAGAGAAGGAGUCUCUCUUGAUUUUGGAAGAAAUACCUGAUAACAAACAUGACUGAGUUCUGGCUUAUAUCGGCUCCUGGGGAGAAAACGUGUCAGCAGACGUGGGAGAAAUUGCAUGCGGCAACUACAAAGAAUAACAAUCUUGCUAUUUCUUCGAAGUUCAACAUUCCUGACUUAAAGGUUGGCACACUGGAUGUCUUGGUUGGUUUGUCAGAUGAACUGGCUAAACUGGAUGCAUUUGUAGAAGGGGUGGUUAAGAAGGUGGCUCAAUAUAUGGCUGAUGUAUUGGAGGAUAGUAAAGAUAAAGUUCAGGAAAAUCUGUUGGCCAAUGGAGUUGACUUGGUUACUUAUAUAACAAGGUUUCAGUGGGACAUGGCUAAAUAUCCAAUCAAGCAGUCCCUGAAAAAUAUUUCUGAAAUAAUUGCCAAGGGAGUGACUCAGAUCGACAAUGACCUGAAAUCUCGAGCAUCUGCAUAUAAUAACCUGAAAGGGAAUCUUCAGAAUUUGGAACGGAAGAAUGCAGGAAGUUUGCUAACUAGAAGUCUAGCAGAAAUUGUGAAGAAGGAUGACUUUGUUCUUGAUUCAGAGUAUCUCGUCACAUUACUGGUCGUAGUUCCCAAGUUAAACCACAACGACUGGAUUAAGCAGUAUGAAACAUUAGCUGAAAUGGUAGUUCCAAGGUCUAGCAAUGUUCUUUCAGAGGACCAAGACAGUUACCUUUGUAAUGUCACCUUGUUUAGGAAGGCAGUUGAUGACUUCAGACACAAAGCCAGGGAAAACAAAUUCAUCGUCCGUGACUUCCAGUACAAUGAAGAGGAAAUGAAAGCAGAUAAAGAGGAAAUGAACAGGCUGUCCACCGACAAGAAGAAGCAGUUUGGACCACUAGUGCGGUGGCUUAAAGUGAAUUUCAGUGAGGCGUUUAUUGCGUGGAUUCAUGUGAAAGCGUUGAGGGUUUUUGUUGAGUCUGUUUUAAGGUAUGGCUUGCCAGUGAACUUCCAAGCAAUGCUACUUCAGCCCAAUAAGAAAACAAUGAAGAAACUAAGAGAAGUAUUAUAUGAGUUGUAUAAACAUCUAGACAGCAGUGCAGCAGCUAUUAUUGAUGCUCCUAUGGAUAUUCCAGGCUUAAACCUGAGUCAACAGGAAUACUACCCCUAUGUGUAUUACAAGAUUGAUUGCAACUUGCUGGAAUUCAAGUAAAGAUGAACUCCUCCCCAGACAGUCCUGUCCUUGUGUUGGUGUAUGCUCACAGACAUAGAUAUGACAGUACUUUUAACUCUCUAUUAUCCUUUGCUUGCCUCUGACCCCUUUUCCUAGAUGAGUUCUCCCAUAGUGGUCCAUUUCUCAGCAUUUUCUUUUUAAAGGAAAAUAUAUGUCUCGUUUCUUUUUAUUGAUCAGGUCUAUAAAUGUGUACUAAAAAAUCAGUUUAUUUAUAAACAGAAGAGUUUAUUUAAAGAGAAAGUCUUUCCUCAUCGGUAUCGUGGUAUGCAUUAAUUCCAUUUGUUACUCUUGUGCACAAAAGCCUUGUUUACAAGGGAAUGGUGUAAACAUUUAUACUGUUUUGUCCACUGUGUUUAGUAGACAUAACUGUUCAAUAGUUAUUGAAUUGUGGUGUAAAAAAAUGUGAGAAUAUUCAGGUAUGUGCUUUCUGAAUAUUUCGAAUUACAAUCUAUGAGCACUGUUGACACCCACAGGAGAGAAUAAAAUUACCUGUGCAAAGGUG